UUGUGUGUGUAUGGAACAUUUCUGGGAUCUUUUAUUUCAGCUCAAGAAACAUGGGACCAACACUUUACAUAUUGCGUUUAUAUUUUUGUUCAGUAUAGCAUGCUCAGCUGUCUAAUGGAAGGUAUAUAGGCUAAGAGUUAUUUGUGGUCAACAAAUAAAUGUUUAUAUUGAUAGUUCUGGUAUAGAAUGUUUAGAAUAUGGUCCAUAAUCAAUAUGCAUUGAUUCAAAUAAUCAAUUUGAAUUGUGUAUCCAGGUCAUCGUUGAUCAUAUCAAACAAUUCCUCAUAAUCUACUGUAAAUGGCUUUUGAAUAUAUACUGUGCGCCCAAGUGUUUUCAGCUACAAACAUGCGCUAAUGCUUUGUGAAACGUUGAGAUUUCUGGUGCAGCAUGUUGGGGGUUUCGCGCAGUGUCAGUGUCACUACAUUACCGCUUGCAUGCAUUUAUUGAAAGAACGGAUUGCAAUGUCAAUCGGAGGAAUGCGCUGAUCUCGGGAACUAUAGAGCAGACACAGGAGGGCCUAAAUUAGCCUCAUCGAUGAGCCAAACUGAGAUGGAGAUGUCUGCGGGUCCAGCGGAGGGCACGCACAGGACUGGUACGGUGAAGAGGAAGAUGUGGGGGGGUCUGAGGCAGCAGUGGAAGCUACUGGGCCUGUUUGAGAUCGACCAGCAGCACGAUUUCUACAGCCUCACCUCUAUGAUGAAGGAAGGCCUCUCUGCAGCCGUGCAGAACACCAUCGACAACCCACCACCGGAUGAAUUGUCGGAAGAUGACUACAGAUUGGAGGUCACUCAAAUACAUAAGGCCUUCAGAAUGGAGACGUUUGCAGGGCCAGUGUUUGUCAGCUUGCGUCGCUCCCUGGGGAUGACAGAAAAGGAGUAUCAGCACUCUCUCUCCAACGACGGUUCCUACCUGCAGUUCAUCAGCAACUCCAAAAGCAAGGCCGACUUCUUUCUCACGAACGAUAAGCGGUUCUUUCUGAAGACCCAGAACAAGAGAGAGGUGCAAUUCCUCCUGUCCAACCUAAGAAUCUACAUGGAGCACCUAGAGAAGUAUCCUCAUUCACUGCUGGUCAAGUUCUUAGGUGUCCACAGGAUCAAAAUUCCACAUAGGAGGAAGAAGUACUUUAUUGUAAUGCAGAGUGUUUUUUACCCUGACGAUCGAAUAAAUGCCAGGUAUGACAUCAAGGGUUGUGAGGUGAGCCGGUGGACAGACCCAGCUCCAGAGGGAAGUCAGGUUAUCGUUGUUCUCAAGGACUUGAACUUCGAGGGCCAGUACAUCACUUUGGACCAGCACCGUCCAUGGCUGCUCCGGCAGGUGGAGAUUGACACGUCGUUCCUGCAGAGACUCAACGUGCUGGACUACAGCCUCCUGGUGGCUCAUCAGCCCCUGCACCAGGAUGAACGCCACCAGUGCCUGUCCUUCGCCACCCUUAUCAUGCGCACUAAAAAGUCAGUGAUCACAUGCUCAAGCCCCACCCAUGCGGGCAUGCCCACUGUUCCGGGGGCGGUCCCAGAGGAAGAUUCCGCCCUGUUGGUAUCAGAGAUGGACGGCGGGACAGGAAGUUGCAGCGUUACUGAGUCACGGGUAGGAAGUGGCCUGGGCAGUGCCCCUUCCAGGAGACCCUGUACUGAGCAGCCGGUGGGAACGGUCACGGAUUCGAUGGAACUGCAAGACUUCCAGGCCCAGAACCGCCGGCUGCUGCCCAACUUCAGAAACCCGCUGCACGUCAUUGACGGACCGGAGCAUCGCUACUUUGUGGGCAUCAUCGACAUCUUCACUGUCUACAGCUUCAAGAAGAGGCUGGAGCAUUGGUGGAAGAGACUGCGGCACCCAGGGCAGGCCUUCUCCACCGUCAGCCCCCCCGCUUACUGCCAUAGGCUCUGCCAGUGGGUACAGGACCACACCAGGUAGACUCAGAAAGAGGGGAGGAUGAGAAUGGUUACUCCCACUAGCACGCUGUCUGCCCAGGGACACACACGCACGCAAAUACACACACAAAGACUAGCAACUGUGCCGCUGUUCAGAGACAUAAAGCUAUUCUUUUAAAGCACUGUAAUUUCAGAUUGACCAAGAGGCAGUUAUUUUCAUGUUUCCACAUGUCCAGACCAAAGCCAAAACGAACAGAAACCAUUAUAUUGAAAUAUAUUAUUCACCACAGCGGAUAAAUGGGUUCUCCCUCUUCAUAUUCUCACAUUUUUUUUAAGUAACAAAGAAAAAGGUGCAACAUUUAAAAUCUAGUGCUAUGAAUUGAUUAGCUGAUUUUCCAAAGUAUAAUCGUUUUUGAAUGGUUGAAGUUUAGUUUGUGAAUCAGUAAUGAAAACCAAAAUUAUUUUUCAAAUUUGCCAUCUGUUUUUAAAAAAUAUUUUUUUACGUUUGACUCCUAUGGAUUUUUUUUCUCCUAAUUUAACUUUGACGUUUUGAUAAAUGUUGUAUAUUGUUGUAUGUUUUUUUAAGUGCCUUUCUUAGGCACUUCUCAGUAGUUGGUAUUCAGACUUACUUAUGCAGGUGCGUAACGGGCUUUGCAGUCGUGGUUCACUUGCGCGCGCGCUGAAUACAUACACCUUUAAAUACGGUGUACCUUUCAUUUUGACGACAUUCACUAGAAUGGGUUCAGAAUAUAAGGAUCAAUGAAUGAAACCCAUCUAAAGAUAUGCAUAUUCGUGUCCAUUUCAGGACCAACUAGUCGACCAACUAUAUUUAUUUAGGCACAUUUUGGGUUAAGAAAGUAUGUAUGAAUCAUAAAAAAGUACAGGGUUUGGAGAGCUUUGACACACUAAAUGCAGUGCAUUCGGAAAGUAUUCAGACCCCUCGACUUUUUCCACAUUUUGUUACAUUACAGCCUUAUUCUAAAAUGGAUAAAACAAUCUACGCACAGCGUUGGAUUA